ACGAAAAAAAGUGAAAAAUGCCUGAAAAUUCUCAAGAUUAGUCGAGGUAUCUGUGGUUUAAACGUAAAAGACGAACGCUCACAAAGCAGAAAGAAGUCCGAAGCUGAAGUUUUUCGCCAGGUUUUUACUCGAAUUUUCCGUCCCAUAUUAAAUGAUGCAGGAGUGUAAAUGCUGCACCAUUUAAGGUGGAACGGAAAAUUCGAAAAAAGAAGUCAAUUUCAGUGCUUUGAGGGGAGCUGUCACCGAACUGAAGUGGAGUACGAGGAAAAAAAGAAAAGAAAAAAGAGCUAGGCGAGAUGGGGAAGGGGAAGUCCCUCAGGAAAUCCCCAAGUGGCGAACAUAAUUUCGAAAUUGAAAACUCUGACCUUCUGUCUUACAAGACAUGUGUGAGUCCACGAAGAUCAGCCUGAGAGCACGGCAGUCAAAAUCUCUUAGAUUUAUGGAGUAAGUUCCUACGAGGCCCUACGAGUUUAUCGGCGUUUUCUAUCAGACACAUCUACACACGGCCAUGGAUCACGUUAAGCAGGAGGACGACGUUACCAAACUGCGGAGCUGCUCGACCCUCAACACGUUCUAUCACGAAACUCAACAGGAGAUCGCCAGUUUAGGCCAGCAGAUUUUCGCCAAAGAUGGGAUUAUAGCUGAGUUAAAGGGGCGGUUGGCCAAAUACGAGAGAAAUUGUGUCAUCGAAGGAGAAGACCCUUACGUCGUUGGACCGUCCAAGUCCCUGGUGGACAGCUUGUGUAAAGAAAUUCGUAAAUUAAAGCAAAAACUGAAAGACACUGAAAUGGACGCAGCCCAAAAACUGGAUUCCAGCAAAAGAGAGAUCCAGGGGCUGCAGCACAAGCUGAGAGAAAAGGAGCAGGAGCUGGAGAGCAUCCGGCAGCGGCCUGAGUAUGAAAAGGACCAAGAGAUCCAGCAUCUACGCUCCAUUCUGGCUGAACGGGACCGGGCUCAAGCCACCAAGGAUGUUCUCUGUAACUCCCUGGCGGAAGAAGCAGGGCAGCUGAAAGCACAGCUGGGGACCACUGUCCGAAUCUGCCAGGACCUGCUAGGGAGGCUGGAGAAGGAGAAGAACAGAGCAACCAAUACUGAGCACAAGGCACAGAGCAAUGAGAUGAUUGAUUCAUCAGAGGCUGCUAACCUGAGCACCAUGGUCAACAAACUACAGGAGGAGAACCAGCAGCUCAAAAAGAGAGUGGCUUAUGUGGAAAACCUGAACUCAAAGUGGCAGAAAUAUGACUUGAGCCGAGAGGAGUACGUGAAAGGGCUGUGCCUGAAACUGAAGGAGUGUAACGGCCUGGCCAGCUCUGGGUCCCCGCUGAGUCCAGCCACAGCAGCAACUGGCAGUACAGUUUUAUUUCAGCAGGAAAUCAGCCGUCUGAAUGGCCUGCUGGAGGAGAAGAUCCUGGAAUGUGAGAGGCUGAGCCGAGAAAAAGACGACUGCGCACUAAAGGACCGUGAGCGCAUUCAGAUGCUGGAGCAACAGGUUCUGGCCUAUAUUGAAGACUUCAAGUCAGAGAGAGCAGACAGAGAAAGGGCACAGGGCAAAAUCCUGGACCUUCAAGACGAAGUGGGACGCCUCCAGCUUCAAAUUCACACACAGAAUGCCCGAGAAGCCCAAUCAACACGACGGCUCCACAUCAGCUUGAAAAAACCAUCUCGCAAGCAAACAGAAACGGCAGAACCAUUACUUAGGAACAGUCCUCCAGAGUCAAGUACCAAACGAACGGUCAGUCAUUCACCAGCACAGGGACUCACUGAGCUGCAGUGUCCGCGGUGCCUGACCACGUACGAUGAAAAACACACGGCUGAAUAUAUGAACCACUGGGAGGAAUGUGCCAAGCUGUGAACUCUGCAUAGACUUUUGUUGCAUGGUACUCAGAGAAGAUGACAAAAAUGCACUACAGAAGUGUUCGGAAGGUUUGAACAGAGGCCUUCCUGAAGAUCGAGGUAUGUCUGCAUGUGACGGCCGGAGAGCUUGGAAGACAUUGAUAUUCAGCAGUCUUGUUGGUGGCCUUGAGUGGUGUUACGGUUUUCUAAAAGAUAGCUGACCUUUGCCUCUAGAUUGGAAUAAAUCCUCAUAUUUGACGUUCAUCAGCUAUUUUUGGGAUUCAGUCUGACGCAGGAAUCUGAUUGGGAAAGAUCAGAGCAGUGGUUCUCAAGCUCAACCAGUCUAUGUUUUUGUUCUAACUCAGCUCCCCAACACAACUGAACCAGGUAUGUUCCUGAUAGCUUCAGUUGUGUUGGAAGCUGGUUUAGAGCAAAAAUGUGUACUGGAGGCCCUGAGGACUGGUUUUAACCACUGGUGUAGAGGAACUGGCUUUUGACAUCAGGCACGUAGCCAGUAAAAAUGUUCUGUGACUUAAGAUGGGGCAUUCCUGAUUCAAGGAAUUACUUGGUCACUGGUCAUAGGGUCCAAAUACCUGCACAGCACAAACCUAGUGAAAGAAUCUCACACCAAAAAUGUAAUAUAUUUACAUUAUUUUGCAAUAUAUUCAGUGUAGAGUUUAGAAUAUAUUAAUAAUAUAUUGCAAAAUAUUCCAUUUUUACUUGGUAUGUGAUCAAGAGCUCUAUUUUUAAUGCUAACUGUUGAAUUUUUGCAUUCUGGCCUGCUGAAUUAGAUGGAGAUCACAUAGAACUGUUUCAAAUUCAGAUUUUUUCUGCCACGUGUUCAUUUGAUCCGAGUGUUUUUUUUUUCCAGAAAUGAAUGCUUAUGACUUGUCAGAUGGACACACACAUAUUGGUCACCUGAUAUACCUCAAUGAGCAUGUUUUGUUUGUUAAAUUGUGAACUCAUAGCACUUUCUUCUUAUUUUAACAUUUCUAUUUUGUCAAAAUGAGUAAUAAAAGCAAUAUUAUGCAUAAGCUUUCAUAAAGGUAGAGUGUAAAACAUCCAUAUUUUCCUUGUCAUGGUGCUAAUUUUAAUGUUUUAAAUAUUGUACAGUUUCUGUGUAUUCAUUUUUGUGUUGUGUUAUGUAAGUUAUAUUAUUUGUUUAAGGCUUAUCACAUAAACCCCCUGAUUUAAGUUCCAUUGGAAGAGGAAAGAAAUAUACAGCAACAUGGCUUACAGUAUUAUUAUUAAUAACCUCAUGUAAUCUGAUAUACACCCCUAAAAAUCUGUCUUACAUCAAAUAAGUCGUAGUAUUGCCAUAUAACUUUUAUCACUCUCAGUCUCACAGGGUUCUUUUGACUGUUAGGUACUUGCCAUUCAGUCGCCUCUACAGUAGAAAACAUUCUGGUUUUAAGUAAGAAAGGAAGUUCCCUACAUCCUGGUGAGAUGAGACAUGAAAGCGUCAAGUCUCAGACUGUGUGACAAAAUGGCCUCUGACUUCAGCAUGUUUUGAAGCUAGCAUAUCAACUGACAUACAACCAAAACAACAAAAAAGUAGAAAACAAAUUUAAAGUUUUAUUUUUUUAAUAAAAUAUUUGAAUUUUCAGAA